AUGGCAAGAACCGGAAGCCGGACCGGACUCGAGGCUGUAUGGAUAUGGCCGGGAAGGUCAUCGGUCGAGGGUAUAAAGGUCAAAUACGUUAUCACCGGCCAAGGACAGAUUGGCGAAUUGGGUGAAAUAAGAAACGGAAGCUUGCAUAUGAACAUUAUGGCGAUGCAAGGUGGGUACACAAUUUCAGCUCUUAACGGCGCCAAUGAUGGGCAGAAUCAGGGACUCUUUCAACCUGCAUCUGAGCAGCUAGUCAAAUUCAUCGCCGAAGCGACGCAAAGACCGCCGACUGCUAUACCUGAAGAUGCAUCAAACGAGCCGCAAGAAGUCGCAAGGGCUAAUGAACGUGACGAGGCACGACCACAGCUACGUUCCGAUGACAGCUUUAUGAAUAGGCCUGCGGCUAUUGGUAGGACGUUGCCAGGUGCCUCCGUAUCUGGUAGAUUCAUCUCGAAAGGUACAAACCCUGCUGGCCCAUCAAGCAGACUGCAAAACAGCACUAAUCAAUGCCCCGACAAGCCCAAUAUGGCACAUCGACUUUGGCAACAACUCAAUAUCCUGCGUGCUCUGAAGCAAAGAGGUAGGAACAGGGGUCGGAGGGAGGAUGCCACAAAUGUUGAAGAGCACCCAAUGACGAGGGCGCGAAGGCCCUUUGCAAGGACUGUUUCUGCGGCUCGUGAGAAGCUGGUGGUGUACGCAGACUGGCGACGGGAGGUGUCUCACGCGGAAGUUCCCACUCAGAAGUCGAGCCGGAAUAUGACGACGACAGAGACUCACCAACAGAUCUCAGCAGGUCUCAGCCUGAUGCCGACUCAAGCAGCGACGAGAGCGUGCAUGGACUGGUUCAAACCGUCUGUUAUUGCUUGUGUCUUCCGUGUUCUCAAAACCCACCGCGGAAAAGUUAACCCAAGUUCAAAAGUCAGCGCGAGGGGAGGCAGGCGUGGAUCAGGUGGCUUGCUGGAAUGGUCCUGCAAUCGUGGCGGUAUCAUGAACUUAAGUCCGAAGGCGCACUGA